CGAGGAAUGUUCACGGAAGAAAGUUGCAACGUUUAAGGGUGCUGCUUCGACGAUUAUAUAGUUUCCGAUGUCAAAAGCUUCUUCUUCCGGUGUAAACUUCAUUGGAUAGACGUAGGACACACUGGUUGAGUUGUUGCGGAGGACCAAAAGAGCUGAAACGGUGAAAACUUAAAGAUGACCAAUUCGAUGGCUCCAACGAUCAUUUUCUUCGUUAUCUCGUUAGUCUGUAAUUCCACGAUGGCUUACAAUAUCCUGCUGGCCACUAUGGGUGGCACGAAGUCGCACACCGUGCCAUUUGUGGCACUGGGUAGCAGUUUGAAGGCACGUGGACACAACGUGACCCUGUUGAGCGCGUUUCCGGGACCAGCUGCGAACAGCGGAUUGCAAGAGUUCGUUCCACCUAUCUUCGAGGCUUAUGUCGGGAAUUACACGUCCGAAUGGGACUUGGUUGGCGCAAGAUUCCGAGAUGAAAUGCCUAUCUCUCCGUGGGACGCAAUGCGAUAUGCCUGGGAGGCAUGCGAGGCGCUUCUUCGCGACGAAAUCUCCGUAUCUUGGCUGAGAAGACCCGAAGGCAAUUCUCAGACGCGAUGGGACGUCGCGGUCGUCGACGGAGCCUUCCCCGAGUGCCUUCUAGGAGUUCUUCACGGCGAGGAUGUGCCCACUAUCAUGCUAAAUACCGUGGCACUAUACAGCGGAUCCAUAAGUCGCCAAGGAAACCCAUCGCCAUGGUCCGUUACACCUUACUUUGGCAAGUCCCUGACCCAGGACAUGAACUUCUUUCAAAGGGUUCUAAACGUUGCCUGUCUCGUCACCUUGAGAAUAAUGCACUGGAUUAUGGUCAGCGGGUACCUUCAACCGGUUCUGAGAAAGUAUCUAGGAAACCAGUUGCCAGACGUGCGAGAUCUGACCACGGAGAUUCCUCUGACGUUGCAGAACAGUCAUUAUAGCGUGGCAGAGUCGGUGCCGUAUUUAGCGAACGUGGUGAACGUCGCGUGUCUGCAUUGCAAGCCGGCGACAAAGCUUAGUCCCGACUUGGAGAGCUUCUUGCAACGCGGUUUCAUAUUCGUAUCUAUGGGUUCAUCGGUUCGAGCGUCAGGCAUGCCAGAGGCACUUCGUCAAAUUUUCGUGGCAGCCUUCGCUACGCUUCCGUACAACGUCGUGUGGAAAUGGGAAGGUAUGAAGAUCAAAGAUCUGCCGUCGAACGUCAGAACGGCGGCAUGGUGGCCUCAGCAAGAGCUGUUAGGCCAUCCGAAGCUACAAGCGUUCGUCUCACACGGAGGACUUUUGUCUUUGCACGAGGCUGCUUAUCACGCUGCCCCAACCCUCGUUUUGCCUGUUUUCUGUGAUCACGAUGGAAACGCGGCUCAAGCUGAAAAACUGGGUUACGUUCUGGUGAUGGACUUGGCUAGGAUAUCCAUCGGAAGUUUUCGCGAUGGGAUUCUCAAAGUGGCUGCCGUACACAACAAUUCGUACCGAAUAGCAGCGAAGAAGAGAAGCUCGUUGCUACGGGAGUUGCCAAUUAACCCCAGAAAAUUGGCUACUUGGUGGGUAGAACACGUUGCCAAAUACAAAGGGGCUGAGCAUUUAAAAAGUUCUACAAGAUAUAUGAAUGUUAUUCACUAUUAUUCCAUCGAUGUGGCAAUGUUUUACGCGAUAGCGUUAUUACUAUCGGUAUACGGACUGAAGAAAUUGUGUUGGAGAACUAUUUCCAAACAAAUUGUUAGGAAAAAAAUCGACUAGACUGUGAAUAGUAUCAAUUUCGUUUUCUGUGAAAUUAUCAUGUAUUUAUUUAAUAUGUUUAGUACCUUCCAAUAUCGUCUAUGGAUAUUUUAGCGAUUUUUGAUAUUGCCUAUAUAAAUAUCUUACAAUUAGAUAAAAAAUAUUUUUUUUAAAAUCUAAACAUUUCUAUCUUCAUUACUGUGCUUGAAUUAAUAUGUAAUAUAGCAAAAUAGCGUUUAGAUGAAAGAAGAAAUAAUUAAAAGUAAAAAUUAGUGAUUAUUCAGAAAAUGAUAAUAUCGACGUAUAACAGGUUUCUACAUUAACUACUAUUGAUGUAGCGGGUCGAAAGUAUCUUUGAAAUCUCACGGAACGAUACAAUGUAGUUUACAUUGCACAUGUAAACAAUUUGCAAAGUUUGUGAUUUAAACUAGGAGCGCGAAAAUAUAUUGAAAUAAUCUUUUUGAGACUGUAUGCAAUUCAUAAAACUAUAAACAUCCGGUUGUUCGGCAAUUGUAUAAACGCGAACUUGUUUACAAA